CUUUCCAACUGCCCCUGAAAGCAGAACUUGCUCCACAGUAAAUGGUGAGGCAGGUGGACGGAUAAGCACAUGAUGACAUUUCCAUCACGGACUGUCCUUGAACGUAGCACCUAAUUUAGAUUAGACCGUAGAUAAAUUAACAUUUGUGAAGAAAACUGAAUUUCGACCGUCCCUUAAGGCAACAUCAGCAAGUCUAGCAUGUCCCCUCAAGUGCAGCUCCUUCUUCUCCCGAGCGCCCGCUGCCUUUUUGACAAGCCCGUCCAUGUAAAGGUGGGCGGUCUGGGGCCCAGGCAGGUGGUCACCCUGAGGGCCCGGGCUACCGACGAGCGAGGGGUGGUCUUCCGAUCGGCAGCCAUCUAUCGGGCGGAUGACGGCGGACAGCUGGACCUGUGCCGAGACGCCGCCCUGUGCGGCACCUAUGAAGGCGUGGAGCCCAUGGGCCUGUUGUGGUCUAUGCAGCCAGAUGUCCCCCACAAGUAUUUUCAUUGGACUAAGGCACUGAGUCCUCAUGUGGUCAAGUUCUCGGUGCACAAUGGCGUGGACGUGGAGAAGGAGGAGCAGGGAGGUGCUCUAGCAGAGGCCACCAACGAGAGGGUCCUGAUGGGGGAGGGCGUCACACGAGAGGUCAUCCAUCUCGGAAAGUGUAGUGCAGUGUUGUUCACACCACCAGGCAAAGGACCAUUCCCUGGGGUGCUGGAUUUAGCCACCUUUGCGUCCGAGAAGCGAGGCAGCCUGUUGUCCAACAAAGGCUUCGUGGUCCUGAGCAUGCCAGUCUUCUACGACAAGCCCGCCAACAUCAAGCACUUGGAGCUGGACUACUUUGAGGAGGCUCUGCGCUUCUUACAGCAGCACCCCAAGGUAAGCAGUUACGGGUUGGGGGUGAUUGGGCGUUCCAAAGCGGGUGACAUUGCCCUAUCCCUGGCGUCCUUCGUGCCCGGCGUACGUGCGGUGGUCUGGAUCAACGCCUGUAGCGCCAACAUUGGAGCUCCUCUCCACUACCGGGGCCAACAGAUCCUCUCCCCAUUGGCCGGGGACAUGACCAAGAUCAUGCCCACCUCAGACGGCACCAGAAUCAUCAAAUUUGGUGUUGGUGACCCCAAUGGCGAGGAGAACCGUACCAGUCGGAUCCCCGUGGAGAAAGCCAAUGCACACUUCCUCUUUCUGGCUUCCGAGGAUGACCUCAACUGCGACUCCCGGACCUACAUGGAGAGCAUGGUGACAAGACUCAGGCGGGCCGGGAAUGAGAACGUGGAGACCGUGUGUUACCCCCGGGCCGGUCACCUCUUGGAGCCGCCCUAUGGGCCGUACUGCCCCUCUGGUCUGCACGGGUACCUGCGCAAACUCGUCAUGUGGGGCGGCCAACCCCGAGCUCACGCCCACGCUGAGAUGCUCGCUUGGAGGAAGAUGGAGGAGUUCUUGAGAAACCGGCUGAGCUUCCGACACACCAACACGAAAGCAAAAUUAUAAAUGAUUAUAAACGUUUUUUUUGUUUGUGAGUUUUUAAAAGAAAAAAUCUGAUGUGCAAUGCCAAUUUCUGGAAUCAACUCGUAUUUUAUGUUGUUUCCGUAUUUUACUUUACUCUUGGAAAAAAUACAUUGUUCUCCCAAGAUUUACUUUAUUCUCGAAAAAAAGACUAUUAAAAACUCUUGAAAUAGUUUGGAUUUUUUUCUUCAGAAAGUAGGUUUUUAUUCUGUCCCACUUGAAAAAAUAUUCUUGAAAGAUGUCUUGAAAAAAAAUACUUUUUUCUUAAAAAUAAGAUUAUCCUCCUGUCAUUUGAGCUGUUUUCUUAUUAUGAGUAUUAUUUACAUUGUUAUUUUUUAAAAGAUUACUCUGGAUUGUCUAAUUGUUUUUCCUUAAAAAAAUCUGAAUUAAUUCUGGUAAAUUUACAAUUUCCUAGAAUCCUAUAGUUUCACAAGAUUUCAGUCUACUUAUAAAUGCAAUUUUGUUGCAGAAAAUUUUGGGGAUAAUUUUUUGAAUUUACGUUUUGAUGUUUUUGAUGGCGUAUUCAAAUAAUUCUCUGCCGUACUGUAGCAUUUUAAAAUUUGGAUCAUCCUGUAUUAGCUCUUUGUAGCUGCAGGGGUGCAAAUGAACUUAUGCCAUAAAAGUAGAAGAUGUGUGGGUGUGAUGAUGCAAACAAGUUGUGUUUCUACCCACACAACUGUUGGAUAUUACUUUAUGACUUUUGGUGAGUUGUCGAUGGCUCAUUAAUUGUGUUUUUUUAUGUGCAAAUGUUUCUGUUUGUAAAUCAUUUUGCUGUCUUCGAAUGGUCGAAAUGAUAAAUUGUUGUUUUCUGAUUGUCCGUACCAUGUAAACAAUGCUUUGAGAUUUAUCUGACUUGCUCAAUUCUUAAGGAAUCAUUUAAAAUGUGAUGACUGUUUUAUAUUGAAGUUCAUUUUGAAAGAAAACAAUUCUAACAAU